CGGCCCCAGGGGAGGAUGCCCUGGGGGCCCCAUCGGCAGGGCGGCGGGCCGGUGCCCUGCGCCAAGCAGGGCGGAGGGACCCCCCCUUCCCCGGGGCCGGCGGCGGGGUGGGGCCUCCCCACCUGCUCCAGGUGCUCUAUAAAGCUGCCACCGCUGCCGAGCCACCGGUUCCUGAUCCCGGGAUCGCAGAGCGCGCCGCCGGCUAACGGGAGAGCAGCGCCACAGAACCCCGAGAGGCACUGGGCCCGCCCCGGGAUGAGCCCCAUGGCGUUCACCGCCCUCCUGCUGCUGCUGCUGCUGGGCGCAGGUAACUGUGACAUGGCCACGAGUGAGACCACCGUGGAGACAACCACAACCGAAACAACCACCACAGAGACGACCACCACUGACACGACCACUGCGGAGACAACCGCGGAGACGACCGCCAUCCCCACGAUCACCACUCCCAACGUCACGAUCUCCAAAACCACAGUGGGCAACGGGAACCGAACCUCCAUCUCCUCCCACAUCACAGUCUUCACCCCUGCCACCAACACCACAAACUCCCAGCCCGGCAACAGCUCCGCAGGCAACGCCACAGCCGAGAGCACCGCGGUGCCCGUCUCGAGCACCGCCAUCAUCUCCCACGCCAAUGCCACCACGAACGGCAGCAACUGGAUCACCCCCGUCGGCACCAACACGACCAACAGCAGCUCUGCGGCUCCCACCCCCACCGCGGGCGCUGGCACCGCGAUCCCCAUCUCCAGCGCCACAGGCAACGGGACCAGCAGCCCUCGGGUCGUCCCCACGCGGGAAACCUCUGUCACCAGCCAGGGCAGCCCAGCUCCCGGGCAGCCCUCCACGGCUGUGCCGGCCAGUAGCAGGGGUCCCAGCCCCAGCAAACCCCCAGCCCCGCUUCCCACCGGGGUCCAGCUGCUCCUCCGCGUCCUGCUCUCCUUCCGCAUCCUCAACAGGAGCUUCAACGAGAGCCUGCGCGACCCCACCUCCAAGGAGUACAGGAACCUGAGCAACGCGGUCUUGACCAUGUACGAACGCGUCUUUGGCUGCGCGAGCUGCGUGGGCGGGCAGACCUACAAGGGAUGCAGCGAGCUCCAGUUCAGGCACCGAGGAGGUGACGUCCCCAGCACCGGUGCCUGCAGUCCCGGAUUGGGCCAUUGCUCUGCUGGUCCUGGUCUGCAUCCUGCUGCUGCUGAACAUCCUCACCUGCUUCCUGAUGACCACCUGCACCUGCCGCCGGAAAAGCCGAGGGAAGCUGGACCUGCUCAGCACAAAGGAUUCCUACCACCCCAUGGCCGAGUACGCACCGUACCAGAGCCACGGCCGCUACGUGUCACCCAACAGCAAGCCCAACCCCUACAGCCAGGUGGCCGGUAGCAAUGGCGGGGGGGCCGGCACCUUCACCUACACCAACCCCGCCACCACCUCCGACAACCUCUGAGGAACGCGCCGGGACGGAGGGCAGCUGCCGAGGGGAGGGGGCGGCCGCAGCCCCCCCCUGCUCCCAGGGGGGAGCAGCACCGGCCCCGGGCGUUUCCCCCCCUCCCCGGGUGCUGCUCGGCCCCUCGCCGCGGGCAGCGGGAGCCGGAUGGUUCUGGAGCGGCCGAAUUCGCGCGCAUGACAGAACUGGAUGAACAAAAAGAUUCGGGGUGGGAAGGGAGGGUCCCCCGCACCCCCCGGCCCCCGCGCUCGCUUGGCCGUGCACCCCCUGCCAUGGGGGAAGGGGGCUGCUGCGCUCGCCCCUGGGGGUUCAAUUGCUCUUUUUGUGGUGUUAUUUUAUAUAAAUAUAAAUCUGGGGUGUUGGCGCCGGGCUCG